AUGGGUAAGAACACGGACAAACUCUACAUCACCCAUUCCGAGUGGUCAUCAUCGGAUGCAUACUCUGCCAGCGCCGGCGCCAACGUCAAUGCGCGGUCGCGAGGAUCCUUUCGCCGUCUGCCCUUCAACUUUUGCGCCGCCAGCCUCCAGCCCUUUAAGAAUCCGGUCUGCACCAAGGAUGGAACUAUUUUCGACGUUGAAAUCAUAAGCUCAUGGUUGGACAAGCACAACACAAACCCUGUCAAUGGCGAGCCAUUGAGCGCCAAAGACCUAAUCAAGCUUAACUUUUCAAGAAACGCCGAGACCGACUCGAGGAGCGCAGGCCUGAGCGAUGGCCAGGGUGAUCUGAUCGAUCCUGUCACCUUCAAGGUCUUCACAGACAAUACCCACAUCGUUGCGAUUCGACAUGGAACAUAUGCCAAUGUAUUCGCGUGGGAGACCGUCGAACGAAUGAACAUCAAGGCGAAGAACUGGCAAGACCUCGUUGAUGACGAAAAAUUUACGAGAGCGGAUAUCAUCACCUUGCAGGAUCCCCAGAACGCUGCCAGCAGAGACCUGAGUCAGUUCAAGUACCUCAAAGACGGCGAGGAUGCCGUCCUAACCAAGGAGCAAGAGGAGGAGCGGAAGAACGGCAACGUCAAUAUCGAUGCGCUGGGUAGAAUUGGUGACAAGGUUCUGCGGGCAAAGGAGGCCGUCGAGAAAGCGCGGAAAGAACGCGAUGGAGGCGUCGACGUCAACCGGUCUUCUGGUGCCGUUGUAAGAGCGGUGUCGACAGCACAACGGAAGUCUAUGGUCACGGAGAAGAAGGUCCCGUCUAAUGCUGCGAUAUAUACAACCGGCAGAGCUGCCGCCAGUUUUACCAGCACGGGCCUCACACCCGAGACGAGCGGCGAGCGGGCACUGUUGACUGACGAAGAAUACAUGCUCAAGCCGAAACGGGUCAAGAUCAAUGGUUAUGUCCGUAUAGAGACAAAUUUGGGCGACCUUAACAUUGAACUGUAUCCCGAAUACGCACCUCGCGCGGUAUGGAACUUCACAAGACUAGCCCAGAAGGGCUACUAUAAGGGGGUCACCUUCCACCGAAACAUCAGGAACUUCAUGCUCCAGGGAGGCGAUCCUUCGGGCACAGGCAAGGGCGGUACCAGCAUCUGGGGAAAGAACUUUGAAGAUGAGUUCGAUGGCCCUUUGACGCACGAUGCUCGAGGUGUCCUCAGUAUGGCAAACAAAGGCAAGAAUACCAAUUCUAGCCAAUUCUUCAUCAUCUAUCGACCAACGAAGCACCUAGAUAACAAGCACACUGUAUUUGGCAAGGCAGUCGGCGGACUAGACGUCUUGUCCAAGAUGGAAGACGUUCCUACCGACGGAUCUGACAGACCCCUCAACAAGAUUGUUAUGAAGGACGUGGUGGUCUAUUUGGAUCCUUUCCAAGAGUUCCUGAAGGAAAAGAGCGAGACCGAGAACUUGGAAAAGAAGAAGCAGGCAAUAGCUCUGAGCGGAGGUACAGAAGACGACAAAACAACGUGGACAGGCAAGCGAAUUCGAGCCGACGGCACCGUGGACAGCGGGAGUGCCGGCGCUGGCGUGGGCAAAUACAUGAAGUCGCAGGGGACCACCGCGACAGAUACGGGGGCCAACCUGGAUACUUGGGAAGAGCCGGCUAAGAAGAAGGUCAAGAGUGGCGGGUUCGGCAAUUUCGAUAACUGGUGA